GUGUGUGUUCGAUGUUCUGUGAAACGAGAUAGAAUUCGACAUCGAACUCGUGUUCCCAGAUUAGAUGCUCUGAAGAAUCGUAGGCGGUAAAAGUUUCUACUAAUACUCAGCCGAUGACCCUGGAUUCUCCAUUCUUGCCACCUUCAGGGAUGGCCUUCCAUCCCCAUUUCUACAACUACGGCUUGCCACCGACUGAACCUUAUCCGCCACCGCCGGGCCUUACUUCUUUCAUGGAUUACCGGACUAACUCAUUUUUGACCCCAGCGUCCUCCUAUCCAUUUUUCGGACAUUCCUUAAUGUACCCGCCGCCGCCGUCCUGUUUCGGCGGCAAGGAAUUCUCAACCGCCGGCUACCGAGCUGUUCCCGACGCUGAAGAAGACGACGGGGUCAAAGAUAAUCCCGAAGUGACUCUGGAAUCGAAAGAACUCUGGGAUCGAUUCCACGCAUUGGGGACAGAGAUGGUCAUCACCAAGUCAGGAAGACGAAUGUUCCCUGCUUUCAAAGUCCGAGUCAGUGGUCUGGACAAGAAAGCCAAGUACAUUCUCCUGAUGGAUAUUGUGGCUGCAGACGACUGUCGGUACAAAUUCCACAACAGCAGGUGGGUUGUGGCCGGCAAAGCUGACCCCGAGAUGCCCAAGAGGAUGUACAUCCAUCCCGACAGUCCUUCUACGGGCGAACAGUGGAUGCAGAAAAUUGUGUCCUUCCACAAACUAAAGAUCACAAACAACAUAUCCAAUAAACAUAGUCAUACAAUUUUAAAUUCUAUGCAUAAAUAUCAACCGAGGUUUCACGUUGUCCGUGCAGACGACAUCACAAGGCUACCAUUUAAAAAAUUUCGAACGUUCACGUUCGAGGAGGCUGACUUCAUUGCUGUCACGGCAUAUCAAAACCAAAAGAUAACAAAGUUGAAGAUUGAUAACAAUCCUUUUGCCAAAGGGUUUCGAGAAUCCGGAGGAUGCAAAAGAGUGAAAAGGAAAGCUACAGACGAUUUUUUCUUUGAAAAAGAAGACGACAAACUCUCAGAAGACGGCAAAUGGCCAACUUCAGAAACCGAACGGUCCACACCAGGGAAGGAUUCCUCAGAUGAACCAAAGUCGGAACCUUGUGAAGUUUCUUCCACUUUCCAAACCACCCCAACCAAAUCUAGUGCAAAAGAACCAAGUACAACGAACUCCCCUUUAAUUUGCCAAACGGGCAGAUUGUGUUCAUCAGGUUGCAAUAGUUAUUUAGAACGCUGUUUAGCGGAUCACCAAAUAAACAAUCCAGACAGCAAGAGGUUGCAUUUCAGUCCUCAUACCAAUCCGUAUGCACUAUCUUGUUGCACAUCUCCUUCAGAAUACCAGACUGCUGCAGACCAAGACACCUUGAGGACUAGUCUCGGGGAUUCAUCAUUUCCCUCUUCAUCUUUAUUUCACGGUUCACCAUUUUCACCUUCUAGUGCAUUCAUCAACAGCAGAUUACCACUUAAGCCUAGCCCUGUGAUUGGAAUCCCAACAAAUGGUUAUCACUUAUUUAACACAAUACCCGACCCUUCGGUCUUGUUACAGAAUGAAGAUUAUAGAAGGGCACUCUUAUCAUCUGCUUUAGCACAGCACAGGUAUUUUCCUUACUUCUGCCGAUGACAGUGGCAGAGCACUGACACCUUUUGAUGUGAUUCUCUUUUGUGAAAAGCAGUGCUGUAGUUGGGAAGAAAUGUUUGGGGGAACGCACCCUAUACAUUUUAAAUGGCAUAGGUGAGAAAUUUUCGUGGGCAAAGAACAGGUCGGUUUAGAUUACUUAUGCCCACUUAAAUUCAAAAAGCGGAUAUUUAUUUUAUUU